CGAGCGGGCAGCGAGCACAUGAUGGCGGCGAGCGCCAGCGGCGGAGGCAGCAGCGAUACGUCCAGCACCAGCGAGGAGGAGCGGAUGCGGCGGCUCUUCCAGACGUGCGACGGCGACGGCGACGGCUACAUCAGCAGAAAUGACUUGCUGAUGGUCUGCCGCCAGUUGAAUAUGGAAGAGUCUGUGGCAGAGAUCAUGAACCAACUGGGUGCAGAUGAAAACGGAAAGAUUUCCUUUCAGGAUUUUACAAGGUGCCGCAUGCAGCUCAUUCAAGAGAUUAGGAAGGAAGAAGGGGACCUUUCUGUCAAGUCAGACAACUCCAGUGAAAAGAAGAAGCUGAGGAACAGAAUUGUUUCCUGGCCCACAAGCAGUGACAACGGUUUGGGCGCUUUGUCAGCAGCCAGAGAGAGCUGGGAGUACGAUUCUGGUGCCAGGGACCUCCAGAGUCCUGACUUGCAGAGCCAGCUGACGCUCCAGAAGCUGCUCCAGUGCACCAGAAGCUCUUUGCCGCAGGAGGCUGUGCUGCACAAACUUCUCACACAGGCCCCGUGUCUUGGCAGCUCUGCAGGGGGACGAUACCUAGAGCUGGCCAACACCCUCCACCUUGCAGCCCUGGCAUCACUCAAGGGAGAUAUAGUGGAGCUUAAUAAACGUCUGCAGCAAACAGAGCGGGAACGAGACCUUCUAGAAAAGAAAUUGGCCAAGGCACAGUGUGAGCAGUCACACCUGAUGAGAGAACAUGAGGAUGUCCAGGAGCGCACGACACUUCGCUAUGAGGAGCGCAUCACAGAACUCCACAGCGUCAUUGCGGAGCUGAACAAGAAGAUAGACCGCCUGCAAGGCACCACCAUCAGGGAGGAAGAUGAAUAUUCAGAAUUACGGUCAGAGCUUAGUCAGAGUCAACAGGAGGUCAAUGACGACUCAAGAAGUGUGGACCAAGACCAGACCUCUGCCUCCAUCCCUGAAAACCAAUCUACUAUGGUCACUGCUGACAUGGAUAACUGCAGUGACCUGAACUCAGAACUGCAGAGGGUGCUGACGGGGCUGGAGAGUGUCGUCUGCGGCAGGAAGAAGAGCAGCUGUAGCCUCUCUGUGGCUGAGGUGGACAGGCACAUCGAACAGCUCACCACGGCCAGUGAGCACUGUGACUUGGCCAUUAAGACAGUUGAGGAGAUUGAGGGGGUACUUGGCCGUGACCUUUAUCCCAACCUAGCUGAAGAGCGGUCCCGGUGGGAGAAGGAGCUGGCUGGGUUGAGGGAAGAGAAUGAGAGUCUGACUGCCAUGCUCUGCAGCAAAGAGGAGGAACUGAACCGGACCAAGGCCACCAUGAACGCCAUCCGUGAAGAGCGCGACAGGCUCCGGAGAAGGGUUAGAGAACUCCAAACUCGGCUGCAGAGUGUGCAGGCCACAGGCCCCUCCAGCCCUGGUCGCCUCACAUCUGCCAAUCGUCCUAUAAACCCCAGCACCGGAGAGCUGAGCACCAGCAGCAGCAGCAAUGAUAUUCCCAUCGCCAAGAUUGCUGAGAGAGUAAAACUAUCAAAGACAAGAUCUGAAUCUUCAUCAUCGGAUCGGCCAGUCCUGGGCUCAGAAAUCAGUAGCAUUGGGGUAUCCAGCAGUGUAGCAGAACACCUGGCCCACUCACUUCAGGACUGUUCCAACAUCCAGGAAAUUUUCCAGACGCUCUACUCACACGGAUCUGCCAUCUCUGAAAGCAAGAUUCGAGAAUUUGAGGUAGAAACGGAACGACUGAAUAGCCGUAUUGAACACCUCAAAUCCCAAAAUGACCUUCUGACCAUAACCCUCGAGGAAUGUAAAAACAAUGCGGAGAGGAUGAGCAUGCUGGUGGGAAAAUACGAAUCUAAUGCCACAGCGCUGAGGCUGGCCUUACAGUAUAGCGAGCAGUGCAUAGAAGCCUAUGAACUCCUGCUGGCCCUGGCUGAGAGCGAGCAGAGCCUUAUCCUGGGGCAGUUCCGGGCAGCUGGUGUGGGCUCCUCCCCUGGAGACCAGUCAGGGGAUGAGAAUAUCACUCAGAUGCUCAAGCGGGCCCAUGACUGCCGGAAGACAGCUGAGAAUGCCGCCAAAGCCCUGCUUAUGAAGCUGGAUGGCAGCUGUGGGGGAGCCUUUGCUGUGGCUGGCUGCAGCGUGCAGCCCUGGGAGAGCCUGUCCUCCAACAGCCACACCAGCACAACCAGCUCUACAGCCAGCAGUUGCGACACAGAGUUCACUAAAGAAGAUGAGCAAAGGCUGAAGGAUUAUAUCCAGCAGCUCAAGAAUGACAGAGCUGCAGUCAAGCUGACCAUGCUGGAGCUGGAAAGCAUCCACAUUGAUCCACUCAGUUAUGACGUCAAGCCACGAGGGGACAGCCAGAGGCUGGACCUAGAGAAUGCUGUACUGAUGCAGGAACUGAUGGCUAUGAAGGAAGAGAUGGCCGAGCUCAAGGCACAGCUGUAUCUUCUGGAGAAGGAAAAGAAGGCCCUGGAGCUGAAGCUGAGCACGAGGGAGGCACAGGAGCAAGCCUACCUGGUGCACAUCGAGCACCUCAAGUCUGAGGUGGAGGAGCAGAAGGAACAGCGGAUGCGGUCUCUCAGCUCCACCAGCAGCAGUGGCAAAGAGAAGCCUGGCAAGGAGUGUGCUGAUGCUGCCUCCCCAGCUGUGUCAUUGGCUGAACUAAGGACGAGCAGUGACAGUGAGCUGGCUACAGAGUUUGCCAACGCCAUCCGACGGGAAAAGAAGUUGAAAGCCAGAGUUCAAGAGCUGGUCAGCGCCUUGGAAAGACUCACCAAAAGCAGUGAAAUCAGACACCAACAAUCAGCAGAGUUUGUUAAUGACUUAAAGCGAGCUAACAGUAACUUGGUGGCUGCCUAUGAGAAAGCAAAGAAGAAGCAUCAAAACAAGUUGAAGAAGUUGGAGUCUCAGAUGAUGGCCAUGGUAGAGAGACAUGAGACCCAAGUGAGAAUGCUCAAGCAAAGAAUAGCGCUGCUGGAAGAAGAGAACUCCAGGCCGCACACCAACGAAACUUCACUUUAACUGGCACUCAGGCACCAAAGCUCUGCCCCUCGGGGCCAGACUCGGCAGCUUUGAAGUCCUCAGUGAAAAGAGAGGAGAAAGGCUCCAGGGAAGGAGUAUCUGUUGGGAGGAGGAAAGGUUGGCUUAUUGGUCAGAACUGGGACAAUGCAAUGUCCUAGACUUAGCCUUGGGGUGGCACCGUGUAGAUUGUGCACACAGGCUCUGGGCACUGUGCUUAGGAGUUCUUGCUUCUGCUUUCAGCAUACACUUUCUCAUGCUCUCAUCUGUUCUGUGCAGCAGUGGGAUCCCGGGCAUUUGGUUUUAGAUUUUCCAGUCUUUUUUCCUUUUCAUAGACAGUGCACUUACCUUUUGGCAUCUAGAGUCCUCUCUUCCUUUUCCAGGGGUAAACUGACAGAUACAGUGUUCUCUCUGUGACCAGCAUCUAGGACUGACUGCUCACUGCAGCAUGGCUUUGGUUUCCAGGUCCCAUGUUACCAACGCCUAAGAUACAGACUACCCCACAGAGGGAUUUGGUUGGGAGGUACAGACCACAGGAUGAUGACACGGGUGUCACUGAUAUUCCUGACACAUUGCAGUUUCAAGCAGACCGACAUCAGGGCUGUGUGUAGACAAGCCUGUACCAGAAGAACACAAACACCCUCCACUUUCAUUUUAAAGGCAGGGAUAGCAAGGGAGCUCUAGGUUUUGAUUCCCUUCUAGCAGACCCUUAGCCAACAGCAAAACUGAAGAGCUAAGAAUGCUCUUGAGGCAUAGUGAAGCCAAAAUUUUAUCAGGGGUUUCUUCCAGAGCAGAGUAGUAGUAUUAACUCUUCCUCCAGCCUCAGGGCACUACAUAAUUGCUAUUCUGCUGACUCAAAACUCACUCACCUGAGUACGUGCAUAGCUUGGGACCUGCCUCUCUAAAGGCAAGAGGCUGUGCACUGUUAACACCAAGGAGACUCUGAAUAUUGUGCAUAAUUGUUCCAGCCUGUAACAGAGUGCCACUGAACCCCCACCCCUACACCAAAUGAACACUUAGCUCUCACCGUUAUGAAGGGGACCUAGGUAAGGGAAUGAUGUUGGGUUUCCUGUUCCUUCCCCCAUACAGGGACGAAUAACAUUUGGUGCUGUAAGCGAUUUCAAGCAAAGUGCUGACAGCUAUGCAGGACCAAAGCACCUGAAUUCUUUCAGGAAGGUCUUCCAUCUUGAUUCAUUCCUUUUCUUUAUAGUCUUCAUUGUUUUGGCCCUUUUGUUUUUCAACUCUUCACUGAUAGCAUUAAAGGACAGUUUGCCAUUUUCCCCCCCUGUGAUUCCUCAAGAUUCUACUUGUCUCCUAUAAGAAAUGGGUUCCACAGCACAGUUAACUACAAAUUAAAGACGCUGUGCUGAUGGCCAGGUCACUGCUGUAGACGCCUCCUGACCCUGGAUGUACAUGGGUCUGUCUUCAGAAAGCAAAUACGAGUUCCUGAGCCUUCUGUGCAACAGGAAAAGCUAUCUGAUCUUCGUCCAAAUCAGAAAGCUCUCAGAAUUUGCCAGCCCUUCUCAGGCCAACUGUAAACGGCUCAUCUCCAAAGCAGUACCAAAACUCAACUGGUUUGAGUCUACGAGGCCCAUUCUCAAGAGCUUUGAUCACUUUUUAUUCCUUAGUCAGCACCUGUGAUGUUUUUUCAAUGUUCACCUUUUGGGUAAAGUUUUAUUUUGUCAUGGGGAAAGCGCUUGGACCGAAAAUAUAUUUCCUCCCCCAACCAAAAAAAUGUUUAAUACAUAAGAUUAGUUUUCACCUAAAAUUUUCAGGCAAUCUUGGGAAAUAUCCUCCCUUGAGCAAACUGGGAUGGACAUGGUUUUUUCUUAUAUUUGACAGUUUUCAUUCUCACUUAAGUAGAAAAAUACGACUAUAGAAGGAACAGACAAGCUGCCUGAAGCUCUUUGUCCCACCAGGUAAAAUCAGAGAACCCACUCUUCUAGGUCCAGAGAAGAGGCUCCCCAAAGUAUACAUCCUACCUGACCUUAAGCUGAGUUUAUAAUUCAACAUAGUAUGCGUUUGGAGACUGGGUGAAAAUUACUUAACAGGAAAAAAAAAAUGUUGCUCUUUUCUAAACAUGGGGGAAAGUCUAAAUACUAACUGGUUUCCUCGCUCUGUAGUUUUCAAUUACUCUUUAGGAGACAAUCUUUGUUGAAGGUGAAGUAGCAGGUACUCUGUUGUGUGAACUAUAGAAGCUACUAAAACUACAUUGAUUAAAUAAAUGAUAGCAGGUGUCUGGGUAAUUUUCCUUUUUGUUUAACCAGGCUCUACUUGAAAGUAUUUCUAGGUAGGAGAUGACUUCUAUUAACAUGUCUAUUGAGAGCAAACAAUUAUCUUGAUUUUAAUUUGUAUGAGGUUAAACUUCAGAAUUUCAUACUUUGAAUUGUUUUCUCGAGUUUUAGUGGUUGCUUUCUCUAGGCAGUCAUCUCUAUUCAAAGCUGUCUUUGGCUCAUGAAGAAAUGAGCAUAGAGCAAAAGGAUGCACUAGGAAUCAAUCAUUUCAAGGUUUCCUUGUAAUAUACUUCCCAGUUCAGAAUGGCAAACCAACUAUGGCAUCAAUCACAGGCAAAGGAGACUUGGCCAUGACUGGAUCAGAUACUCUACAGCCCCAUGUACAGCAUCUGCCAACACUGCUACUUAGAGAGGUAAGACACAUUAUGCGAUCAGACAGUAGAGAUUUACCACCGUCCCUUCUUGUCAUGCUCUAGGUCUAGAUGAGUCUGUUUCACCAUGGCCAGUAGGGGCAAUAAACUUUCACACUCUCAUCUGCUUAAAGUUAAUGUCCAUGCUGCCUGAAACUGGAAUGCUAUGUUAAGUUAACAUAAGUGCUUAAUUCUCCUUUCAGAUGUAUGUGCUUCUUAUUAAGUCUUCCUCUAAGCCUGUAACAAAAUCUUACAAGGAUUUCAGAGAACUCUAAAUGAGAGCCUUGACAUGCUAGAAGGGCAGUCCAAGUUACAGCCUUAGGCUUUUGUUCUAAAAACUGUUAGGAUGUGGCUAGUAAGAACUUUACCACCCUGAAGAAAAUCUGAAACUGUCUGAAAGUCUCCUCAUUCUUCCAUACAGAUAUUAUCUUAAAUGAAAAACAGUUCAACAGGUACCUGGACAGGGUUGGAAUGUCUUUAUCACUGGCAUGAAUUGAAAACUACCAGGCUUACUUAUUCCUUUGUGAAGAAAGAUGUUUAUUAUGGUCUACAAAAACAAAAAAAAACCGCUGCAAUUAUGUUUUCUUUUUAAUUCUGUCAGUUUCUUUGACACUCUCAAGAGUUUGGCGUUAUUAUGCUCAUGUAUAAAUGAAGUGAUGAGAAAAGCAUCAAGACAACAAAAACACUAAUUAUGUCUACAAGUGUCCUUUCCGCCAUAGUGUGUUCAGUUAUAAAUGUCUUAUUGGGAGUAUGUCCCAGCCGUUAUAUGAACACACUAUCUUAAGAAAAAAAAAAUCAUGUUCACUAAAUUUACAGUCUUACCCAGUUCUAGACAUACUGAACAGUUUUUAGGAGCCCAGCAAAGAAAACUCUCUGGUGGUUUAAAAUUUCUGCACUGCACUUCAUUAGGGUACAGGUCCAAUGUUGCCAAACUUUCAAGGGAGUAGAGGGCAAGAGCUUAAGAAACAUUUCCCUGCAGUGCACAGCAGCUUUGGAGAACAAUAGAAAGCUCUGGGAGAAACCUGCAGUUAUUUUCUGUUUAUCCAAUGGAACAACCCAUUUUGACAGUCAUAUAACACUACCUUGACUACUAUUUGCAAACUUUGGUUUAUAAAACAGGUGUAACUUGCCACAAAAUAAAAAUAACAGGUUCGCUACACAAAGUUCUUCAAGUGCAUCCAUAACCAAAACCUUGUGUCUAAACAGGUCAGGUUGAAGUUAGUGCUGAACCUGUGCCCGUUUUCAAGUUCUUUCCUAAACACCUUUGUAUUCACUAAGAAAUGUAUGUCCCUGCUGUCAAGAGCUUACACAAGAAUUGGAACCAGAAUCAUCAGUUAAUAUAAUACAGGCUGUCACCACAGCCAUCACUGAACAUGCUGUUGCUGAUAAAUGUGAACAAGUGGAAAAGGAUACAAAUGUUAAGAGCAGCUAUUCAUGCAAUUUUAUUUUCUAAUGCUUGCAAAGACGGAGAGAGUUUCAUGUGCAAUUUUGGUAAAUUUAUGCUGGAUUAAGUAUCACAUUAUAUCUGAGAUUUUUUAUGCAUGCAAGAUCAAAGAGAGAAAA